AUGGCUGCCGCAACCUCCAUCACCUCCGACGCCUACCACCUCGGCUGCGAUGUAGGCGGGACCUUCACAGACGCGUGUGCUUUCUCCCCCAAAGGUCGCAUCUUCAGAGCAAAGGUCCCCUCGACGCCGCAGGAUCAGAGUAUUGGCGUGAAGAAUAGCAUUGAGAAGCUCCGCUCCAUCAUCAAAGCGGCAGAGCCAGACUUCGAUGGCAAGUUCGGCGCGCUCCACCAUGGCUCGACUGUCGCAACCAAUGCCCUGCUUGAAGGCAAAGGCGUGCCGGCCGCACUCAUCGUGACAGAAGGCCACAAGGAUGUGCUUGUUGCGCGGCGAUCGCAAAUACCUGGCGGCCUUGCGAGCUGGAUUCAGUGGAGCCCGCCACCACCGAUCAUCCCGCUCGAGCGAACACUGCAGGUGCCGGAGCGCAUUGGUGUAGAUGGAGAGGUGGUCAAGCCGGUUGACAAAGAUGCUCUGCGCCAGGAGCUGCAGAGAGUGAAAGGCAAGGUCCAAGCUGUGACUGUCAGCUUGCUGAACUCGUGGGUGUCCGGCAAGCAUGAGCAAGAGGUAGCUGCCGUGGUGAAGGAGGUGCUUGGAGAUGAUGUUGCGGUAUCUCUGUCACACGCGGUUCUGCCAGAGCUCGGUGAGUACGAGCGUACGGUGACCACAGCUACCAACUCUGUUGUUACUCCCGAAGUGAAGAGGUAUCUAGCCGGGCUAAGAGAGAAGCUACGGGAGGAUACCGCGAACGUCAGCAUCCUGAAGAGCGACGGAGGUCUGACGAAUCUCGAUCUUGCUGGCGAACUGCCUGUGAACAUCCUCAUGUCUGGCCCAGCCGGCGGCGUCAAGGGCAUCACGAGCAUCAUUGCAAAGUCGACAGAACACAAGAACUUGGUCACCCUAGAUAUGGGAGGUACAUCGACGGAUGUCGCUCUGAUUCCGGAUGGCCAACCAUCCCUUCGCCGAGAGACAGUGGUUGGCGACCUCACUGUGCGCUCUCCCUCCGUCGACGUCAGGACGAUCGGCGCCGGUGGUGGUAGUCUGGCCUUCUUCGAGCCACUGACGAAUACUCUUCGCGUGGGCCCAGAGUCAUCUGGAGCGAAUCCAGGACCUGCUUGCUACGGAAGGGGAGGUACCCAGGCCACAGUCACAGACGCCAACCUCGUGCUUGGCUACCUACCGCAGACUCUGCUAGGCGGCGAGUUCAAACUCGACGUCGAAGCAGCAAGGACAGCAGUCUCGAAUCUGGCAAAGCAGAUGGGCAAGACAAUGUACGAAGCUGCGGAGGCUAUCAUCGACCUGGCCAACGAGACAAUCUACGGAGCCCUGCGACUGGUUUCUGUCGAGCGUGGCCACAACCCGGCAGACUUCGCUCUGGUUGCCUUUGGUGGCGCAGGACCCAUGUGCGCCAACGCAGUUGGAAAGCUACUCGGAGCAUGGCCGGUUAUUGUCCCUGCAGCACCUGGCAUUCUCUGUGCACAGGGCGAUGCUACAACCAAGAUGAGCCACGAGCUGUCCGCUUCCUUCAUUCAUUUGCUGUCUUCUACGAGCAUGGAAGCCAUCAGCAAGGAGUAUCAAAGCCUGGAACAACGAUGUGUACAGACUGUCAAGGACGCCCUGGAGAAGAAAGACCCGGAGCUCGCCACUGUGUAUCAAGCUGCUCUCCGAUACAAAGGACAAGCGUUGGAACUCACAAUCAGCCUCACUGCUGAGGAGAUCGCGAAGCCCAUGGACGAGUUUGAACAGAUCGCCCGUGCCAAGUUCGACGUUAUCCACCAGCAGCAGUUCAGCUAUACUCUGGAGUCCUUUGCCUUGGAGCUGACUAGGUUGACUGUCACUGUGACUGACGCUUCUCCGGACAUUGAGAUUCCUCGAAUUCCCAAGGCCGACUCCGCAGCCCCACCAGACUCUGCAGUCAUCGAGAAGAAGACGAUUGUGGUACAAGGUAAAGAGCAUGAAGCAACCUUCUGGGACCGCACCGCCAUCAGUAAAGCUGGGUCCACCGUCAACGGCCCUUGCGUAAUCGUCGAGAUGGACUCCAACACACUGAUCCAGCCAGGGUUCAGGGGAGAGAUCGACACCGUUGGAAACAUCUGCAUCUCCCCCAUGCCAGGCAACGAGAUGCCAACCUUCCGAUCAAAGACUGGUCUCGCCUCGACCGGCAAGACGGACGAGCAGAAGGCUGCUGAGGCGAAGAAGAUUGUGGAAGACAUCCCCACUGUGCCGACUCUCAUUGGCUCCUCACUGGCAAGCAUCCGUUCGGAGAUGGACACUCUGAUGCUGAGAUGUUCCAUGUCGCCGGCUAUCCGCGAGCAGCAAGAUGAGUUUAACGUUAUCACUGAUUCUUCGGGCAAGAUGCUUGUUGGGCAGUUUGGCUCUUUCAUCGGGCAAUUUUUGAAGAUCUGGACCUAUAAAGUCAACCGUGGCGAUGUUGAACCCAUUCACGAAGGGGAUGUGUUCGUCACGAACGAUGUGUACGAAGUCGAGGGCGCUGUCUCUCAUCUCAACGAUGUGAUUGUACUGCUUCCAAUUUGGUUCGAGCAUAAAUUGGUGGGCUGGGCUGCUAACUUUGGUCACUUGACCGAUGUCCAGGGCCAAGUGCCCGGGUCCAUGAGCAUUAACGCCCAAACCAUCUUUGACGACGGCCUCCAGGUUCCGACCAUGAAGCUGUUCGACCGUGGAGUAAUGAACAAGCCCAUCGUCGAGCUGAUGUGCCGCAACAGCAGGCAGCCCGAUUGGCUUCGAUCAGAUCUCUUGGCCUUGAUCUCUUCAUGCCGCACUGCAGCGACAAGAGUAUGCGAACUCUGCGAACGCUUUGGUCCCGAAGUAUAUGCUGCAUCGACCGACAUUCUGCUAAGCCGGACUCGCUCGGCCGUCAGCCAGCUGAUCGAAGACCAUAUGAGCGAUGAGCCGUCCACCUUUGUCGAUUUUGUGGAUGAUGACGGCCACGGCAGAGGUCCAUUCGCGAUCAAGUGCACGCUUACGAAGCCUGCGAAGAACAAGUUGCGCUUUGACUGGGGCGGCAGCAGUCCGCAGGCGAGUAGUAGUAUCAACUACUACUUGAGCGAGACUAUGUUCAAGAUGUUCGUAGGCUACUACCUCCUCACGGUGCACGCCCCCUUCACCAUCCCCAACGACGGCUUCCACGACCUCCUCGAAGUCGACAUCCCCCUCGGCUCCAUCAUCAAGCCCGUCCGUCCCGCAGCGCUCAGUUGCCGCACCCACUUCCUCGGUCGCAGUAUGGACGUUAUGCAAGCGCUGUUCGGGCAGAAGAACUCGGCUUUCAUGACCGCGGCUGGCUUCAGCGAUAGCCCGCACUUCUUCUACUCUGGCUUCAAACCGAACGGCGAGUGGUAUCAGCUCUACCAGAUCGCUUUUGGCGGUGUGCCAGCGAGGCCGAAGGGCGAUGGGCCGGAUUGCCAUUGCUUGUUCCCGGCGAUUAAGAGUGUGCCGACUGAGUCGAUUGAGCUGAACUUCCCGGUGAGGCUGGAGGUUAAUGAGGCCGUAGCGGACAGUGGUGGUGCUGGUUUCCAUCGUGGCGGGAAUGCGCAGAAGACGCUGUAUCGGUUCUUGUCGGCUGGGGAGUUCAGCUUGCAUGAUGAUCGUUGGUUUACCAUGCCUUGGGGUGUUCGGGGUGGUAAGCCCGGGAGCAGGAGCAAGAAGGCGAUCCAUCGGCUGCAGAAGGACGGAGGGUAUGAGGUUACGCUGCUGCCGUCCAAGUGCGAUCAUGUGAAGGUCAAGCCUGGCGACCUCCUCGAAUGGCAAACUUGGGGCGGCGGCGGCCUGGGCGACCCCCUCACCCGCCCCGCCGAGAGCGUCGCCCUCGAGGUCAAGCGCAAGCUCGUCACCGUCGCCGGCGCAAAGAAUAACUACGGCGUCAUCCUCGAUCCGUCCACUCUCGAGCUCGACACCGCCGCCACAGAGACCUUGCGAGCAGACAUCGAGAAAGCUGAAGCAGGCAAGGAAGCACCGCUGUACGACCGCGGAGGCAGUAUGCAGGAGUUGGUGGCGAGGUGUAAAGAGGAGACGGGCUUUGAGGCGCCGAGACCGCAGUGGGAGGAGGAGAUUUAUGGACCUCAUGUUGCGCUGCCUUAUGUGCAGGAGUGGUAUAAGAAGGGGAGGGAGGUGGGGUAUGAUAUCUGGAAGGUGUAG